UACAUUGAGUUACAACGGAAAUAAUCUUAUCUUCCCUUAUUUCUUGAUUGGUCUAAACUUCAUCUCUUCCAAAUCUUGAAACCUUGCAACCCUAGCAUUUCUUUCUUCACAAAAACAAAAUACAAUGUCUUACACUUUACCCCCCUCAACUUCUCUAAAUAACAUUACUCCCAUUAAUCACAACUUUCCCUCUUCAUCUACACCCAAAACCCUCACUUUUCCAUUUUCCAUCCCUCCAAAACUAACCCUAACUUCCACCAAAUCUUCAGCCACUACAAACUAUAAUGACCUCGGGUUGGACGAGGAAAUGGGUCGGAUCAAACGGCUUCAAAACGGGUCGGAUGUUCGUGGUGUGGCUGUGGAAGGAGAAGUUGGCCGGCAAGUUGACCUUACACCACCCGCAGUGGAAGCCAUUGCAGAGAGUUUUGGAGAGUGGGUGAUGAAUAGAUUGGUGAAGGAGAAAGGAAGACCAGUAGAGGACAUUCGGGUUUCUCUCGGUCGAGACCCACGGAUAUCGGGUGGGUCAUUGAGUGUUGCUAUAUUUUCAGGUCUGGGUCGGGCUGGUUGUAUGACGUAUGAUAUGGGACUUGCAACUACACCAGCUUGUUUCAUGAGCACAGUGUUGCCACCAUUUUUAUACGAUGCUUCCAUAAUGAUGACAGCGUCUCACUUGCCAUACACACGGAAUGGUCUAAAAUUCUUUACAAAGAAAGGAGGGUUAACGUCGGUUGAGGUGGAAGAAAUAUGCGAUAAAGCAGCGUUUAAAUAUGCGAAUAGGGUGACAAAAGUGUCGACGUUGCUUAGAACGACGCCUACACGAGUGGAUUUCAUGAGUGUUUAUGCAAAACAUCUUCGAGAUAUCAUCAAGGAGCGAGUAAACCAUCCGCAACACUACGACACUCCUCUUGAAGGCUUUCAGAUAAUAGUGAAUGCUGGAAAUGGGUCGGGAGGAUUCUUUACUUACCAAGUAUUAGACAAGUUAGGUGCCGACACAUUUGGGUCAUUAAACCUUAAACCCGACGGCAUGUUUCCUAACCACAUCCCAAAUCCCGAGGACAAGGUUGCAAUGGCAGUAACAAGAACAGCUGUGCUAGAAAACACUGCGGAUCUUGGCAUCGUUUUUGAUACAGAUGUUGACCGGAGUGGUGUUGUUGACAAAGAUGGAAACCCCAUUAAUGGUGAUAAGUUAAUUGCACUUAUGGCUUCCAUUGUCUUAAAGGAGCAUCCUGGUUCCACCAUUGUUACUGACGCUCGAACCAGUUUGGCUUUGACUAAGUUCAUCACUGAUCGAGGUGGUCAACAUUGUUUGUAUCGUGUGGGUUAUCGGAAUGUUAUUGAUAAGGGUGUUCAGCUUAACCAAGAUGGUAUUGAUACUCAACUUAUGAUGGAAACCUCUGGUCAUGGAGCUCUUAAAGAAAAUUACUUUCUUGAUGAUGGUGCAUAUAUGGUGGUAAAGAUCAUUAUAGAAAUGGUGAGAAUGAAACUAGAGGGUUCGGAUGAAGGAAUCGGAAGUUUGAUAAAAGAUCUUGAAGAACCAUUAGAAUCGGUAGAACUAAGAAUGAACAUCCUUUCUGAGUCUAAACGUGCGAAGGCUGAAGCCAUUCUCAUCAUCGAGACCUUCAAAUCCUAUAUAGAAGAAGGGAGGCUAGUGGGAUGGGAGCUCGAUGCAUGUGGAGAUUGUUGGGUGAGUGAUGGUUGCCUUGUUGAUUCGAAUGACACUCCUGCUCCCGUCGAUGCUCAAAUGUACAGGACGAAGGUUUCAAGUGAAGAAGAUGGGCAAUACGGAUGGAUACACAUUAGACAAAGUAUUCAUAAUCCAAAUAUAGCGAUCAAUAUGCAGUCGACGGUGCCUGGUGGUUGUUUAUUGAUGGCUCGAGUUUUCUUGGAUAAGUUCCUCAUUGCAAGUGGAAUGGAGAGAGCUCUUGAUUUCUCUCAGAUCGAGAACUAUAUUAAAAGUGGAAACAUCAGCUAGUUGGUUUCUAACUGUGUGAAGCUAGAAAAACGCUUGAUUUGUUAUACUGAAACUCAAUAAUUAUUGAGAAAACGUUAGCAUAUAGAAUUCAAAACAAUGGCUACACUCAUUAUCAGACCUUAGAGGACCACACCAAGAAUAAAAAAAGGAAAUAAAGUAGCCAUAUAAUUACAAUA